GAAAUCGUCGAUAUUAAAUUCACAGGCAUCGUAGGUUUUGUAACCGCAGCGAACGUAUCUAUCGCGUCAGUAUUGUUCUACGUACUAGGACUCUGGAUGAUGUACAAGUCACUGCUGCUGCUUCUUGUAAUACUAUCCUUUAUAUGCUUCAUGUCGAUCAGGUGUUUCUCCGCACCUCGAUAUUUGUCGGUGACAUCAGAUCAAAUGACGCAAGCACGGCAAUCGAUGGAAUAUUGCACCGAAAAUACUCGCGCAGAGGAAAUGGAACUACGUGCUCCACGGGCACAGACCAGAUCCGAAUUACACCAACAAUCCGGAUGCGAUUUAUCCUCACAAUCAAGAAGAGAUUUACCCUCACAAUCCACAAGUGAAUUACACCAACCAUCCACAAGCGAAAUACACCCAGAGUCCAUAAGAGAAGUACACCCAGAGCCCACAAGCGAAAUACACCCAGAGCCCGCAAGCGAAAUACACCCACUAGGAAGAAGAAAAUUACAGCUUGUAAAUAUACUCACUAAAUAUACCUGGUCAACCAAGCUGCGAAAAAUACUACAACGAAGCAACAGAAAAGCUUUGUUUAUCAUGCUCGGCUUGAUCAUGGCACAACAACUUAGCGGAAACUUCAUCACUAUGCAGUAUCUGCAUGUGUUGUUUAGCAAAACAACGAUUUGCCUCAAAACACAUGUAGCGACGAUGGUGGUCCUGUUUGCCGACAUUAUAUCUAGCUCUUUACCCCACUUAAAAGUGGAAUCUAUUGGAAGAAGAAAACUUCUGAUUCUGUCUACGCUUGGAUCGUGUUCUACAUUGAUUGUUCUAGCAAUUUAUCUUUUGUUAGAUCAACAUAAGUUUGACGUUUCCUACGUCUCUAUUCUUCCAGUUAUCGACUUAAUUAUAUUUCAAUUAAUGUUUUACAUUGGUUUAGGUACGUUACCCAAUGUUCUCCUACGCGAGUUAUUUCCUACGGAACUAAAAGACUCCGUUCGUGCCAUCAUUAUAAUUUUCGAUGGUAUAAUUGGUUUUACCGUGCCGAAACUGUAUCAAGUGAUUACCGAUAAUGUAGGAUCGUAUGCGAUUUACUUUAUCUUCACUAUAUCAUCCUUCUUGGCAUUUGUGAUGGUGUUUAUAUGGGUACCGGAAACAAAAGGAAAAACAUAUCACGAGAUUAAAGCGCUUCUAGUUGGUGAAAAUUUGAAUUCACCGAAUGAAGAAAUUAGCACCGAUGAAAUGGAUAGUCGUGAAAUAUGACAGGAGAAAAUGCACUGACAAUCCAUAGCACGGUGUCUCCAUACUCGGAAUAUUUUAUUUCUCAUUUUUAUUAGUAUAACGAUAAAGAUCUACAAUUUUAUCACGAUAUGCAAUUUUUGUAGUAACGUAGUUCUAUUCGUUUGUACGUGUAAUUUUAGAAUUGUGUCUAACAAAGUUAGUGGUCAUUUACAAACAUAUGUAUUGCAUAAAUUGACUUGCAUUGAACUCAGAGGAAUACAUGUUCUCGAACUAAACUUUUUAUCCAUUUCAUAACACGAACAAUGUAACAAUACCAAUUAACUCGAAAUAAUUGGACAACAGUUUGCAAAAGUAAGAAAAGUAAUAUAUUAAAAAAGGACAAGGUGACAUAAUACUGAUAAGAACAAUUUUUUAUAUCUCAGCUGUUAUCUAUGCUGUUAUUUGUUGUAUGCAAUAUAUAAUUUGCAGCAUAAACUUAAAUCUAGCUCGAGUCUUUCUAAUCGCAAAAUAAAAAAUAACUUAGAUGAAAUAAAAAGAUAAACCGCGGAUGCUAUUCCCCGUGCACCGCUGUCCAUUCGUAUGUGCGUACUCGAGCAAUAAACGUUCGUUUCGGAACCUACUUCGUACUCGCGACCACGACUGCGAUAUUCGAAAAAUCGGUAGGCAAGGCUCAAGACAAAUGGUAUGCUCCAUUCGUGAUGCCAGCUUCGCCGUCGAUUUUUCAAAUCAAAUUUCCUGAAACAGGCUGGACAAGUGAAAUCGCGCCUACCCGACCAGAGACCGUGCCAACCUGCCUGGCCCUACCUACUUAUAAUUAACAUUCACACCGUAAGGUAAUACUACCUAUCCUACCUAGCCCUAUAUUUAAAAAAUAGCAAAACAGACAACACCAACACGCUCACUCCACGGUUCUCACACAUAACCUGGGCGCAAGAGCCUACACUAGAAAGACGUCCCGGAACGCCUCCGAUACCGGAGUUUGGCAUACAACUUUCACACUCUAAUGUACAUUUUCCUGAAAUCAAUCGACGAUGGCUAGCGAUCAUUGCGUAAAAAUAUUCUGUAUAUUCCAACUUUAAUUAUUCAAGUAUAUUUAAAUUUAAAUUUUAAUUAAAUACACAUAAUUGUAUAUAUAAUCAUGUAUAUCUAUCACCAUCUAAAGAAAUAAUUUGAGUGGAAUAGGUCGUCGUAUUUUAAUCGAUGUAAUUAUCAUUGUAGUUUAAUACUGAGAUUAGUAAUAUUAAUAUUAACAUCCACUAUACUCAUUUACUAACAUUGUUAUUUCCAAUGGUAAUUGAAUUCCAAUUCCACAGCCUAACCACAUACACACUCAGUAGAAAAUACGUCGUGCACGAUACGCUAACGCAACGUCAGUCGCUGAAAAAACUGUUAAGCUUAUAGACUACUCAUCAUGUCCAUUGCCUUCCUCCCACCCAAGACGCGCCUGGGCACGUGAGUGAGUGAGAUCCUGACAAUGAACAUGGAAGGGGUUAAACCUGAAAAUCCUAUGCUAAAAAUAUGAUUAGCCUAUUUAUUAUAUUUUGUAUCUAACAGGCUAAUAUUCUUUGAUUUUGCAAUCUAAUUUCACUUCAAAUUUUAAUAAUUCUAUGCUGUAUUUUACUUUAUUAUUUUAAUGAAAAAUUAAACUAUUAUGCUAGAAUGAAGGAAAUUAAUGAAAAAUGUACAUAUUUAUUAAACAUAAAUUAAGAUUCAAUGCAAAUAAUAUUUAUAUGAAUAAAUAACAAUGGACUCUAAAUGAACUCUAUUACUCGAAAUAUCCUCAAGCGAUAUCUUUAUCAAAACACAUUUUUAAAAACACAAAGAAACGUUUAAAACCCGUUUUGAUUCUGAAAUCAGCCUGUCGCGAAGUGUUUUCUUGCACGUGAAAUUGGUAAUAUCCGUCAUAACGGGCAGACAAAGUUAUACUUUAACAUAUACUUCUCUAUUUCAUAUUUUUAUUGAAAUUAUGUGUAAUACUGUGUAUACUUAAAUAAUAAAACUGUUCCAUACCAUCGUUAAGUAAAAGAUUAAAGUAAAUAUUACUUAUAAUCUUCAUCAGCAUUAUAAUAACUUUAAUCAUAAUUGAAUUUCCAUAUUAACGAAGUCUGAGGGUAUCAGACUUCUUCACUAAAAAAUACUUAAACGAAGUCAUUUUGUCGUUUAUUUCAAUAUUCAUAUAUAUAUAUAU